UACACAUGCAAUUAUGACAAAGUUUGCAUAUUUAUUUGUGGUACCAGCUUCUCAUCUCCCCCGCAACACACACACACACACAGCUCUCAACUCAAACUGAACUGCAUUGAUUAGCUUGGAUAGCUCUGGCAAUGUCGAAAAGGGACUUACUAAUCAUUACAUGCAAAGCGGCGGUGUGUUGGGGAAAUGGGGAACCGGUGAAGGUGGAAGAGAUACAAGUAGAGCCGCCAAAAUCAUCUGAAGUUCGCGUCAAGAUCCUAUGUGCUAGUGUGUGUCACACAGACAUCUUAUUCAUCAAAGGGUUCCCAAUUCCUCUUUUCCCUCGGGUUCUAGGACACGAAGGUGUUGGUGUGGUAGAGAGCGUUGGCGAGGAAGUAACAGAUCUAAAAGAAGGAGAUCUUGUGAUUCCAACAUCACUAGGGGAGUGUGAAGACUGUGAGAAUUGUUUGUCAGGAAAGACCAAUUUAUGCUUCAAAUACCCUGUACCUACAAGUGGUCUUAUGCCUGAUGAAACUUCAAGGAUGUCUAUUAGAGGCCAGAGGUUGUAUCACGCUUUUACUUGCUCUACAUGGUCCGAGUACAUGGUUGUUGACACUAAUUACGUUGUCAAGCUUGAUCCAACUAUAUCUCUUCCACAUGCUAGCUUCCUCUCAUGUGGAUUUUCUACUGGAUUUGGGGCUGCAUGGAAGGAUGCUAAGGUUGAAAGCGGAUCAACUGUGGCUGUUCUUGGUCUUGGUGCUGUGGGCUUAGGGGCCAUACAGGGGGCGAGAGUGCAGGGGGCAGCAAAGAUAAUUGGCAUUGACACAAAUGAGAGGAAAAAAACAAAGGGAACAGCUUUUGGAAUGACUGAUUUUAUAAACCCUAACGAUAAUAAUAAAUCUAUUUCCCAGCUAAUCAAAGAGUUAACAGGUGGAUUGGGUGUGGAUUAUUUCUUUGAGUGCACUGGGGUUCCUCCCUUGAUCAAUGAAGCCCUCCAAGCCACAAAAAUGGGAAAAGGACAAACAUUUGUAAUUGGGGCAGGAAAUGAUCAGACUGUCCAGGUCAAUUUCAUUUCCCUCUUGUUUGGUGGAACUUUGAAGGGUAGCAUUCUUGGAGGGCUCAAAUUCAAAACUGACCUUCCUUUUAUAAUAGACAAAUGCAAAAAUAAGGAAAUCCAACUUGAUGAACUUUUGACUCAUGAAGUUUUAGUAGAAGACAUAGAUAAAGCAUUUGAGAACUUGAAGCAACCUGAUUGUGUGAAGGUUCUUAUCAAGUUUUAAUUGAUCCUGCUACGAGCCAUAACAAGAUGCAUGUUGCUUAAAAAAUAAACUUUUUUUUUUUUGCAUGUAAUAAAGAUACAUUUGAUUUGAGACGACAUGCUUUUUUCUUUUUUCUAAAAAUUCCCCCCUUAUUGCUUCACUUGUAUAAGCACUAUAAAUUGUAAAAAAGGGCGGAU